AUGCGGAUUGCGGUGGUUGCGAGCGUGGUGCUUGCGUGUGUCCUUACGGUCUUUGCCAAGGAGCCGCCCAAGGACCUGCGUAUUGGUGUCAAGUUCCGUCCUGAGAAGUGCACGUUCCGUACGCAGCAAGGUGACAAUCUCGUGAUGCAUUACACGGGCCGCCUGUGGGACGGUACCAAGUUUGACUCGUCGCUGGACCGAAACCAGCCCUUUACCUUUUCGCUCGGUGUCGGCCAGGUCAUCCGCGGCUGGGACGAGGGCCUGCGCGAGAUGUGCGUCGGCGAGAAGCGCCGCCUGCAGAUCCCCCCCGAGUACGGCUACGGCGCGACGGGAGCCGGCGGCGUCAUCCCCCCCAAUGCUGCGCUCGUCUUUGACGUCGAGCUGCUCGACAUCGAUAGCCCCCGUGUGAUUGCGGGCCGUGCUAUGCACAAUGAGCUGUAG